AUGGUAAAAACCAUUGCGAUUAUACACCCAGAUCUUGGUAUUGGCGGUGCUGAGCAAUUAAUCGUUAAUAUUGCAUUAGCAUUACAAGCUUCGGGAAAUUUUGUCAGAAUUUAUACACCUCAUCAUGAUCCAUCAAGAGCGUUUAAAGAAACUACUGAUGGGACUUUAUCUGUGGAAGUAAGAGGAAAUAUAUGCCCACCAACGUUUUUCGGAAGAUUUGUGGCUUUAUGCUCUUUGAUUCGUAUGCUGCUAGCAAGCUUAUUUGUAGUUUUAUAUGCGGGGAGAUAUGAUAUUAUUAUAGUAGAUCAAGUUUCAGCUAUUUUGCCAAUUUUUUGGAUAUGCCCUAGUAAGGUUGUUUUUUAUUGCCAUUACCCUGAUCAGCUGCUAUGCACAAACAGAAGUUCAUUAUUGAAAAGAAUAUAUAGAUUUCCAUUAGAUAAAGCUGAAUGAUUAGGAUUAAAAACUGCAGACAGGAUUUUUGUAAAUAGUAAUUUCACAAAAGGGGUCGUAACAGGGCUAUUUAGAGCUUUAGACGCUGAAAAAAUCAAUGUGGUUUAUCCUUGUGUCGAUUUAACUUAUGAAGAAAUUGAUAGCCCACCUGGAUUUUUAGAUGGGAAAAAAUAUUUUUUCUCUUUGAAUAGGUAUGAAAGAAAGAAAAACAUACAAAGAGCAAUUGAAGGAUAUGCAAAUUUGAAAAAAAGAAGCGCAAAGCUAGUAAUAGGAGGAGGGUGGGACCCAAGGAUGGCUGAAAAUGUUGAGCAUAUAGAAGAACUCAGAAAUAAAGCUGAAUCUUUAGGACUGAAAUGCGUAGAAGUUAAAGAUUUUUCCAAGCCUUUAGAAAGCUAUGAUGUAUAUUUUGUUAAAAAUUUAUCACAUAGAGAAAGAGAGCAAGCACUUCAGCAUGCAAUAUGUGUUUUAUAUACUCCAGAAAAUGGUAAUUUAUAUACAGAACAUUUUGGAAUUGUCCCAGUUGAAGCAAUGGGAAGAGGAACGCCUGUCAUAGCUAUGAAGAGCGGAGGACCAACUGAGUCAGUUAUACAUGGUGAAACCGGAUUUCUUGUAGAAAAUGAAGAAGGAUGGAGCAACUAUAUGGAAACUUUAGAAAGCAAAGAAAAUCUCAGGAAGAAGUUUGGGGAGCAAGGAAAAAAGCACGCAAAUAAAUUUUUUUCUCUUAAGGGGAUGAAAUAUCAAUUGGAAGAAGAAUUUGAAACUUUAUAG